AAUUAUUAAUCUGUUGUUCAAUGUUACCAAAUUCUUAGUUGUUUAAAUAGACAAAUAAUUAUUAAUGAAUAAAAGUCAUGAAUUCACUCAUCUUAUUCAUACAACUAUUAAUGCUAAUAAUUAUCAAUUACAAUCAACUAAUUUAACUGUAUUAUGUUUAUGUAUUACAUUAAUUAUAUUAACAUGGUUAACUAAUUGUAUUCUACUUGGUGGUAUAUUACAAACAAAAGGAAAUGGUAAAAAUGUAUCUAUAAUUUAUUUUUUUAUUGGAUCACAAGCAAUAGCUGCUUUAUUACAUGUAACAUUAAAUUUACCACCAUCAAUUGUGAAUAUAUUAUUUGAAGACCAGCAUUAUGGUUAAAAAUAGGUUCACCAUGGUUUAUGGCUUGUAUACAAUCCAUUGGUCAAAUAGCAUUAAGUGAUCGUCGUCAUGUUAAAUUAUACACUGGUACAAUCGAAACAUCAUCAUCAUCAUCAUCAUCAUCAGUUACAUCCUAUCAUGUCAAUUCAUAUCAACAUUAUUCUAUGUUGAAUAAAGAUCCUAUAAAUGAUAAACAAACGAAUUCUGAAUGGAAUACAGUCUGUCUAUUAUUAGAUCCAAAUUUUUUAAUAAUACGUACUGUAAUUGCAUAUGCUUUACCAUUAAUCACAUGUUUAAUAUUAAUUGUAUUACAAUUAUACAGUUUGCAUAGAUUACGUAAUCAUUCACCAGAAAUGUUGAAUGCUUUAUUAAAUGUACGUUACCCUAGAAACAAUAAUAGUACUAGUACUAGUAAUAAUAAUAAUAAUACUAGAGAAUACAAUGAAGGAAUGUGUUCACAAGAUUCAGUCAUUCCAAAACAUGAAGCAAAUCAUUUUAAAAGACAAAAUACUCAAUUCAUUUGGAGAGAAAAGAAUACUGGAUUAUUGAAUAACUUUCAUUCAAUCUUUGAUGGAACAAUGUCGAAUAGAAUAUUGUUACAAAAUCCUCAAUAUAGACAAUUAUCAAUGAUGACAAAUUCUUAUCAGUUAAAUCCAGCUUAUACAAAUGAAACAUUAUUACUUAGUAACAAUGGAUCGAUUGAUCGAAUACAAUUAAAUCAAUCAUCCAUAUCACCAACUCGUUUAUCAACUAGUUAUUUACCUAUGAGUCAUUUAAGUGAUUUACAAACAACAAUUCCAACAUCAAUUUCAAUGUUUGAAUGUCCUACACAUGGUCGAAUUACAAUGACCAAUUCUAUAAGCCGUAUAUCUAAUAUUGGUAUCUCGGAGAAUGGUGAUCAAACUGUACCAAAUCAAAGUUCUAGUCUGAUAAAUAAUUCUAAGACAGAAAUGGAAAGAAAUUCUGAAAAACAUUCAUAUUCCACUUCAGUAACUACAAUAACAAUGAAUUCUAUGUCAGAUAAUAAUCAUAAUAUUAAUAGUUUGUUUACAGGUAAAUUAGGUUCGAAUACUUUCAGUGAAGAACCAAUUACUUCAAAUGCUUUUUUAUUUAAUUUGGAUGGUGAACAAGUUAAGUUAUUGUCGUUUAAUCAUUCAUAUGAACCAUUGAAUUCAACUGGAUUAGAUCAGCAUCAUUAUUAUUUAUCAUCAAUGAUGUCACCAACAUCAUUCCUUGAAUCUUCUACUUCUCCAUCCUGUCAACAUCAACUAUUACAUCAUCAGCAUACCUCUCCAAUGACUUCACAAGUAGAUUUUAAACUAACACAUGGAAUGCAUAAAUCAAAAUCUGAUUAUCAAAUUAAAUGUCGAAAUGAAAUGACUUCAACAAACGAUUGUCUCAUGAGAUCACAUAGUUUAAAACCAAGUUAUCAACAACAAGCACCAUUUCAUCAAAGUCAAAUAUUAUCUAAUGAGAAGAAUGGAAACGAUAUGUUCAAGACAAAUUUAUGGUUGACUGCAUAUCAAGGUGAACAAUUAGUGGUAGCAAUUAAUUUAGUUAGUUGUAUUAUUGCAGUUGGUACAUGGUCACCAUAUAUAUUAGUGACAUUAGCAUAUGGUUUAUGUCAACCAAUGAAUAUACCGAAAUCUCUAUAUCAUCAAAUGAUGAAUUCUUAUGGGACUUCAUCAAUCUCUACAAAUUAUCCUUUAUCUUCUAUUCAAUCCAUUUCAUCAACUAUGAAUGAUGAUCUUAAUUUAUCAGAUUAUUCAAUGAAUAAAUGUUGGAUUCAUUUAAGUGUUGAUCGUAUAGCAGAUUUUCGUUGGUGGGCUUAUGCAUGCUCUGGACUAUUAUUACCAUGUUUAUUAUUCUUUCUUGAUUUAGGUUUACGUGAAGGUUGUUGGAAAGCGUUACAAUUAAAGACUCAAUCAAAUCAGAAUAUUGAUUCAACGAAAUCACUUUCAAAUAGUAUGAAUAAACAGUCAAUCAUUGAUAAUGAAUUGAAAUCUGUCAAAGUUUCUAAUCAUUCAGACAAUCAUAGUCACAGAUUAUGUGAUCAUUCAUCAACAAGUCAUAAUAUCAACACUGACUGUAGUAUAAACACUGAGUCAAUCAGUAAACUUUACAAGCUUCAACAAUUUGAAAUGAUCUCAACUAUUCCAUGUACACAGAUCAAUGCAUAAAUGUGAAGUAAAUAUUUCUGUGAAUGUAAUGAUCAUUAGACAUAAGAAGUUGAUGGGAGAAAGCGAAAGCAAAUCAUUAGAAUCCAUAAUAUAAUGCUACCUUUCUUACUUGCUUUCAGUCUUCAUCGUAUUGUAUCAUCACAUGAAUAGAUUAUGAAUAAAAUCUAAUUAAAGAGAUCGAACACAGAGCUUUACAUUCGACUUUUUAGUAUCUAGACAAUAGAAUUAUUGUGCUACGACACCAGCUACAUAACAAACUACUUACUGUCAAGUCAUUACAAAUUCUGAUGAAAUUGUUAACAUAAAGUACCAUUUGGUUAAACAGUAAUCCUUUCGAGAGAGAAAACGUCCUUCACUUCGAUUAAAAAAAAGAAACAAACAAUUUAGAUGCAAUUUGUUAUGUAACAUUCCAAUGUAACAUGCCUUCAGUCUUUUAGGUUGUAUAGUUGCUUUUUGAUGUUGUUAACAGUUUCCAUUUAGACUUUGUUGUAAAUAAUAUUUUGAUAAUAAGUAAAUAAUAAGUAGUUUGCAAUAAUAUUCGUAAAAUGAUAUUUGAAAAUACUUAAUUAUUUAUUUGAAUACUUAAAUAUUGGUAGGAGCCAGCACCAGAUAACUAUGCGCCACAUAAAUCUCAUUUGAUUUGUAUGAGGGAUGGGAUACUGCCCGGGUACCCAAACCAAAAUAGGUGGUUUUUUAGGGAGCCACAUCCGGAGCCUUCAACCUAAAGGUCUGAUACACAUGGCAAUGGAGUAACGUAAGGAGAUGCAGUCUCAUGGUAGCUGGUGACCAACAAUAGGUUCAUACGCCAUUUGUUCACUCAGAAUACCGGAACCCAUUUAAACCAUUGGUUUCGAAUCAGGAUUUUCCAAGUUACCUAGCGGGUCCUCCAUAUCCACCAACCCGGUUAAAGCGCCGGACGUUCGUUCUCCUCCUCUCAAUUUCGUAAACAACACCCCCGCCACGAGAAGGAAGUGAAUAGGACUUCCCUGGCAGAGGCUAUAUACGCAUGGCCAUGUGAAGGCAUUUCGAGAGGGAGAGCUGACUCUCCCCACUCUUGGCCGUACCAAGGCAUUUGCGGGCAAAAUGCAAUCGAGCCUACCAGGAUCUGGUUGAGACUACAAUUUAUGAAUGACCUCUAAGAGACGUUGAAGUGACCUUCAGAAUGUUCACCUAUUACUUAGGACUAAAUAAUGAUCAUAAACCAGUGUGAGGAAUAAGUGUCGCGAUAUACAGUUGAUGGUUAUGGUUAGGAAUUCGAUAUAAGAUUUUCAUCACGAACUGAUAUCAGCUAAAAUGUGAAAAUGUUAUUCAGCCAAAAGGGAUGAAUGAUUUUCGCUUCAAAAUACAAGACCUGUUUUCCUAUAUCUGAUUGCUUCAUUUAUAAAUUAUAAUCUCGCCGAAAUCUUCAUGGCUUUUUAACUCUUAAAGCGUUUUGAAUUAUUUCACCGUUGAUAUUUUCAAUCAGUCUUACUCGAUAUACGUUCAUCCUGUGCAGUUUGCCUUGGUGUGGCUGUUAUGUUCUCCAUUCAGUUAAUGCAUAACACGAUAUACAACUAACGGCACUCGAACGAAUAGAACCACACAGUCGCAAAUUAGAAGACAGAAGAAAGUGAUUGUUUGGUAAGAAUCCCAAACGCACUGAAAAUCAUAGCUAUUUAUAGACAAUAUCAUUCGCUAUAACAUCACUGAAAUUCAGCCAAUCUUCAAGGAAGCAAGUUGUGCAAUUGUCUAGUCAUAGCAUGCCAUGGUAAUACUCUAGAAAGCUUCGUUAGGUUUUGACUAAUUUGAAACCCUUCGACUCCUUUACGGUCUCUAGAGGCUCCGUUGUAUUUCUCGAAAACCAUCCCAACAGUGGUCAUUUUCACAGAUUGAACUCAUGAGUCAGUUGAAGCUAGACCACCAUUGAAAACCUGGAAGCACUGGACGGCCGUUUCGUCCUAGUACGGGACUCCUCAGCAGUGCGCAUCCACGACCCCGCACCACCCGGGGCUCGAACCCAGGACCUACUGGCACUUAACCACUAGACCACUGAGCCGGCAUCCAACGGUGUUAAUGUCUAACUUCAACCAAUCCACGGUCAUUUUGUCACACGUUUUAUUGAAUAAAUGAAUUUUAGUUAACUGCAGAUUGCUGAACACGCUUUCCAUCUUAUCCAGGCAUCUAAAGGUGAAGGUAGUUAUUUAGGUUGAGUACAUAAUCAAAAUACAUCAAUGAUAUUAAGUUAACAUCAUGAGUGAAAACGAAUCCAUAUAAUAAUGAUAUUACUUAACAAACAAUGUUACAUCACUUAUUCCUCUGUACAAGAGUCAAGUUGAAAUCACCUAAUCAUCGUAGCUUUAGUGAAACCGAGAAAAGUAGUGUUCGCUAAUCAGAAGUUACUUUUAACAAAUUUGUGAAAUUAACUAUCCAUAAAGUUACAGGGAACCUCGAAAGUGAGAACUUUACCUUCCUCCAAACAUAAAUCUAAUGGGAUAUGAUGAGAAAAUCUUGUAGAUUACUUUCUUCAUCCUCUCCUAUGUAUUUGCUUUCACAAUUAUAUGUAUAUUCAUGUAUUUAUUUGGAAGUAACUUCAAAAGGGAUGUUGUAUUUCUGCAUCAUUCGGAAUUAAACUACAUUAACCAGUGUAGAUAAAAAGUUAUGAUGUAAUAGUCUGAAGUUUCAAAUGAUUAGGCGAUAUUUGUAGUACCACAAGAAAUCAGGUAGCUGUGUUUUGUUUUUACUUAAGGAUCUUUUUAUUCGGCAUUGAAUAUAUUCUUGUACAUAGUGGAAUACCUUCAAGUUGAACGAUUAAUUUAUCAGCCAUAAUGUGGUUAGUAGUCUGUAUACUACGUUGCAGAGAUACAUGGUGUAUAUACGUUUGUCUAUAAGACUAUUACUUUUUAUUGACUAUAACUUGCUUGUAGACUACAAGUUAGAAAUAUAGACUGUUGGAUCCUGAACAACUAAUUUAGGGAGAAUAGUAAUUGAUAUGAAACCUGAAGAUGAUGGAUUUGUAUUGAUUCGAAUUCUCCUUUUAGUUUCGAUCAAGGUCAGUUGUGACUUAUGUACAUGGUACUUUGGUUAGGACAGCUAAAUACAUUUAACUAACCAUUACAUAAUAAAUUGUUAUUACUUGAUAAAUGAGUUACUGGUCAAAUUAUUCGUCAUAACACAACUACUAAUUGAGACUUAAUUUUAAUGUGUCAUCCAGGCAACAUUUACUUUUUCCAUUUACUAUUAUAUAUGAGUGAAAUAUUUGCAAAUCGAAGUUGACAGUGAAACAAUUACAUGUUAACAAUGUUGAGUGGGAAUUCGAUUAUGUAACGAAAUGAUUGAAGUUAGACAUUAACAUCAUUGGAUACCGGUUCAGUGGUUUAAAGAUUAAGUGUUUGCGUGCGUGACCGAUAGAUUCUGGAUUUGAAUUACGAGAGCAAGAUUGUGGAUGCCUAUUACUGAGGAGUCUCAUACUAAGACGAAACGAUCAUCCACUACUUCCAGAUUUAGAUGGCAGUUGGAGGUAAUCAACAGGAAACCCUGGACCCGGGUUUCGUGCUACUUGGCACUCGUCAGCAAGGUGUACCUGUAAUCUUGAGGGAACUGGUGCUCCCUGGCGGAUUCGAUCUCGUGUCACCCAAGCAAGCAUGACAUUGAUCACCACCCAGUGAUCAAACAAUUGUGACUACUUCCAGAUUUUGAUUAUUAUAAUUUACAAAAUACAAACCUAAUGAUCAUCGGAAUAAAUUUUAUCUUCAUAAUUCACAAUUUUCUAAUGUCUUAGUGCAAUUGGGAAAAAUGGAUUAGAUUAGGGUUC